UAUAUAUAUUAAUUCCUUCCUAUAAUCUAUAAUUGCAAAACCAAAGCCAAUCAAUUACCAGCUUCUCUCUCUCUCUCUCAUUUUAGUCAUCAGAAAUGGGAUCAGCCAACGAAGAUUUCAUGGUGACUGUGAGCAAGAAAGAAGUGGUAGCAGCAGCUGUGCCAUUUCAAGAGCACUGGCUGCCACUCACCAAUCUGGACUUGCUUCUGCCACCACUUGAUGUUGGUGUUUUCUUCUGUUACAAGAAACCAAUUACCAGCAUGGUUUUUGGUUCCAUGGUUAGUGUCCUCAAGAAGGCCUUGGCUCAAGCUCUUCUGUCCUACUAUGCUUUUGCUGGCGAGGUUGUCCCAAACCCCAUGGGUGAGCCUGAGCUUCUCUGCAACAAUCGAGGUGUGGAUUUCAUCGAGGCUUAUGCUGAUGUUGACCUUCAAAAUCUCAACUUCCAUAACCCUGAUGACAGCAUUGAAGGCAAAUUUGUACCUCGAAAGACAAAUGGUGUGCUGUCAGUUCAGGCAACUGAACUUAAAUGUGGCGGUAUAGUGGUGGCAUGCGCAUUUGAUCAUCGAGUAGCUGAUGCCUACUCAACCAACAUGUUUCUCGUGUCAUGGGCUGAAAUAGCUGGAUCAAAACCGGUUUCUAUGGCACCAUCCUUUCGUCGAUCUCUGCUGAAUCCGAGACGUCCAGGGCGCAUUGAUCCUUCCCUGGAAGGGUUGUAUGUUCCAAUACGCUUAUUGCCACCUCCUGAAGAUUACCAUGAAUCUACCGAUCAUCUCAUUAGUCGCAUUUAUUACGUUACUACUGACCAACUCAAUGAGCUUCAAUCACUUGCCUCCUCCAAUGGAGACAAAAGGACCAAACUCGAGUCUUUCAGUGCAUUUUUGUGGAAAAUGGUAGCAACGUCUGCUGCCAAAGAUAGAGACAAGGUAUCGAAAAUGGGGAUUGUUGUGGAUGGGAGGUCAAGGUUAGGUGAAGGAGAUGAAGUUAAGGCAACCAUCAUGGGUUCUCAUUUUGGAAAUGUGCUAUCCAUUCCGUAUGGAUCCCAAACAGUUGGCGAACUCAUUGAAAAUCCUUUGUCUUCGUUGGCAAAACAAGUUCAUGAAUUUCUAAAACCAGCUACGACGAAGGAACAUUUCCUGGGACUGAUUGAUUGGGUUGAAGCUGUUCGCCCUGAGCCUGCAAUGACGAUGGUGUAUUGCGUGGGCAAGGAUGAUGGGCCAGCUUUGGUGGUGUCGUCAGGGCAGCGUUUCCCAGUUUCAAAAGUGGACUUUGGAUGGGGCCUCCCAACAUUUGGGUCAUACCACUUCCCUUGGGGUGGGCUUUGUGGAUACGUUAUGCCGAUGCCUAGUCCGGUCAGCGAUGGCGAUUGGGUGGUCUAUUUACAUCUAUUGAAAGGGCAGUUGGAGUUAAUCGAAAAAGAGGCUGCCAAUGUGCUUAGGCCCUUGACUUUUGAUUAUCUUGAUAUCCAAGUUUCCCCAAACUAGCUUUUUCACUUUUGAUUUCAAGAGUACAUGUCACUUACAAUUUUUUUUAUUAUAAUAUUAUAAUUAAUCAAUCAUAAUAAAAAAAUUAUAUAGAAAUUCAUCACUUGAAAGUAUGAAUUCUAUAUAAUUUGUUAUGUAUCUCAAUAUUAAAUUAUGAUUGUAUUAUAAUAAUUGUAAG